CAUCCUAGCCCUAGGUGGAUGUUCGCAGAGGGAACCUGUACUCUGAUUUCUUAGGGGUGCGUCCUGUCCACGCGCCUCUCGGAGCCCUGGAUCCUACUGGAAUGGAGGCCUAUUCUAAUCCGCGCCUCAAACCCAUCCACUGGACUGGUCUCUAAUUCCCCUUCCAGGGUAGCCAAGGGGACGGGGCUACCUGUUAUCCAGGUCCCAAACCUGGGGUUAUCCUGGGAUUCUCUGCUGGACCGGUCAACAAGGGUCCUCCACCCAGCUCCGCCACUGCAGCCAUUACUGGCUUGGAUGGCCCCACCGCUCCUUCCUGGCCUCACCACAGUGCCUCGUCUACGCACAGCCAAGAGGGACAAUAUCACUCCCGUCCUGGGAACCACAAACUGGCUUCCCCCUGCUCCUCGGGCAUGUUCAUCUUCAGCCCACACACUCUGGGACCUCAGGGACUUUGCACAUGCAUUUCACACGUGCCCAGAGCCAGCCUUCCUGGGUAGUUGUUCCCCUGACUGCCCCUUGUCCUCCUUUGGCAGUGUCCCCCUUUCAUCCACUGAACACGCAUGUUCCCUCCAUUGUGCUCCCCCCGGGGAUAUGCUCAGGGACCCAACACAAAUGAACUCCUGCUGUGGGAGGUCAAGAGGCAGAGGUGAGCAGGGACACAACACACAGGAACAAGCAGCAGGCACGACAUGCAGGGCCUCGAAGAGAAGCCAAGUGUAGCAGGGCAUGGGAACAUGGGGUGAGAGUAAGAGCUGAAGGAAGCAAGGCAGGGAGCAGGCCGUUCAGGCCUGGCAGCUUCCGGGACAGAGGCCCUGAGGUUGGAAUGAUCGUUCCACUUUCACUGCACAGGAAAGCGGAGCCAUUGACCUGUAUUGAACACAAGGCCGGCAAACGGAUGGGACCCCAGCCAGGCUGGUGGUAGCUUGAUGACCUUAGCAUCUAGAAGGAUGAUGCAUAGCUGUCUGAGAAAGAGCAGCUUUGGGGCUGACCUGACAUGAAGUUUCAGCAGGGUAGUCUUGUUUGGUGGCACUCACAAUAUGUUGGGUUCCAUUAUCUCUGCCAGUCUUAACAAGGCGAGCCUGACAGUGCAGCCCACACAAGGGAAGAAAGAUGGACACGUGCCCCGGAGCUCCCUGGCUGUGCACCCAAUAGGCUCCCAAAUUGGGAAAGCCAUCGACGGGGAGUCUGUGCACCCCCAGGAUACUAGGCUGGGGGGAGUCGUGCGCCCCAGGACCAACACUCCUUUGAUUCCCCCUUCCCCUGAGGUCGAGGAAUCGUGCGCCGUGGACCUGGAACGGAGAUUCAGCUGCCUCUGGAGAGGGCGGCUCCGCGUGGGGAGGGGGCGCCCGGGAGCGUAGGCUCCGCCCCCCGCCCCCUCCGGAAGGGAAGGAGAGGCAGCGGCCGGCGCGGAGCAAGCAAGCGAGACGCGGUGGCGAGCGCGGUGGGGGCCGCCGGCCGGGGACCCGGCGGCACCGAGCGGGUCGGAGCUGGCUAGCAGCCAACGCGAUCACGUGUGCAGCCCCUCCUCUCGCGCCUACCUCCCCCGCGCGCCGCGCUCUCCAUUCAUAAAUUCUCCUCCUGCUGCUACCGCCGCUACCGGGCGCAGGAGCCAGCCGGGAGUGCCGCGCAGCCGCCUGCCCGCCGCCCAUGGGCCGCGCACCCCGGCGCUGAGCCUCAUCAUGCAGCCCACGGCCACCAUGGCCACGGCCGCCGCCACCACCACCACCGCCACGGUUGCCCUGACCACGACGUGGGACAACGCCACGGAUCGCCCUACAGCAGAGCCUGGCCCAAUCCUGGACAGCUAUCUGCUGCUGAUGGUGGUGAUGGCGCUCUUUGUCGGGGGCGCCCUCGCGGUGCUGUCGGGUGCGCUUCUGCUCUGCAGGCGCUGCUGGGAGGCGCACCGACGCCUCCACAGAGCCCCAGAGGAAGCAGAGAAGACCACCACCACCUACCUGGACAACGGUGCCCACCCCGCCCAAGACCCCGAGUUCAGGGGGGAGGAUCCGGAGGGUCAGGACACCGAGACCCAGCGCUUCUUGUCCACCAGCUCCACCGGCCGCCGGGUGUCCUUCAAUGAAGCAGCCCUGUUUGAGCAGAGUCGGAAGGCGCAGGACAAAGGCCGCCGGUACACCCUGACAGAGGGGGACUUCCACCACCUGAAGAAUGCCCGCCUCACCCACCUGCACCUGCCGCCCCUCAAGAUCGUCACCAUUCACGAGUGUGACUCUGGCGAGGCCAGUGCAACUGCCACACCACACUCCACCGUUGUCCCCAAGGCCAGCCUUGCCAUAUUCCAGCCCCCGGGGAAGGCCCUCACUGGCCGCUCCGUGGGCCCCAGCUCCGCCCUGCCAGGUGACCCCUACAACUCGGCCGUGGGCCCUGCCAACUUCGGGAUCAGCCCCUCGGCCUCCAGUGACUCCGGGGAAGGCAGCUCGCUGGACACUGGGGCCAGGAGCGCCAAGCCUGGUGCGCAGGGGGCUGCAGCAGGGCCUGGGGAGGCGGGCCCAGGCUCUGGGGCAGGCCCCGUCCUGCAGUUCUUCACCCGCCUGAGGCGCCAUGCUAGCCUGGACGGGGCCAGCCCCUAUUUCAAGGUCAAGAAAUGGAAACUGGAGCCCAGCCAGCGGGCGUCCAGUCUGGACACAAGAGGCUCCCCCAAGCGACACCACUUCCAGCGGCAGCGGGCAGCCAGUGAGAGCAUGGAGCAGGAGGAAGGGGAUGCCCCCCACGUGGACUUCAUCCAGUACAUUGCCAGCGCGGGCGACACCAUGGUCUUCCCAAGCCCCCGCCCCUUUCUGGCCAGCCCCACCAGCCCGCCCCCCAGUCUCGGCAGGCUAGAGGCAGCCGAGGAGGUGGGUGCCGCAGGCGGAGCGAGCCCUGAGUUCCCCCUAGAACGUGGCAUCAUCGCGGGGCCUGAACAGCUACAAGACUCAGAUGGAGAGCGAGACGCGGGGCUCGAGCAGGCCCCGACCAUCUACCGCGAUAUCUGGAGUUUGCGCGCCUCGCUCGAGCUGCACGCGGCUGCCUCUUCAGACCACAGCAGCAGCGGCAACGACCGUGACUCGGUACGCAGUGGCGACAGCUCGGGCUCGGGCUCCGGGGGCACCGCACCAGUCUUUCCACCGCCCUCGCCGCCACCCACACCCAUGCCGCGGCCGGCGGAUGGAGAGACUGGCGGACCACGCAAGCUGCUGCAGAUGGACAGCGGCUAUGCCAGCAUCGAAGGCCGCGGCGCGGGGGAUGAUGGGCCCCCCAGCGCGCCCGAGAAGCGCUCCUCCUUUACGAGUGCGGGCCGCGAGGCCACCGUGGGCUGCAGCUUCGAGAGCCCCGCGCCAGAGACACCCGUCCGUCCCCGCAGCCCGCGUGCCUGGCCUCGCCGCGCUCCGCGCCGCGACUACAGCAUCGACGAGAAGACAGACGCGCUGUUCCACGAGUUUCUACGCCACGACCCGCACUUCGACGAUGCCCUGUCUGCCACAGCACGCCAUAGGGCGCGCGCGCACCCGCACUCUCAUGCACGAAAGCAGUGGCAGCAGCGGGGCCGGCAGCACAGCGACCCUGGAGCACGCGCUGCGCCCCCCACCCCAUCCACGGCCCAAUCUGGUGCCCCCCGCCCCGCGCGCGCACCCCUGCGCCGCGGAGACAGUGUCGACUGCCCGCCCGACGGCAGAGCAGGCGACGACCCGGCCACGUCCUCCAUCCCCGUCAUCGAGGAGGAGCCCGGUGGUGGAUGCCCGGGGUCUGGCCUGUGCGCUGGGACCCCAGGUGCGCUGCUGGACAAGCUGGCGGCCAGCUUCGACGACAGGCUCUUCCCACCGCGGCUGGCCCAGCCGGUCGCCGUGGCCCCUGCGUUGGCCACGGCCGCGCCCACGUCCCCUGACCACAGCCCGGUCUAAGCCUGCGCCCCGUGCCCACCUCGUCAGCUUACUCGGCACCGGCGGGGCCCCGGUGCCGGACAUACCUGGGUGCGACGCCCCGGCGCUCCUGCGCUGGGACCGCGGGCCUGGAGCACCAGCGCGGUUCCACAGGCACCCCAACGAGCGCACGCACAGUCCCCUCCAGGCACUUCGUAGAGUCGACUAGAGGGAGUGUGGCGGAUUCUCACCUUGGGGUCCCCAGGGCCACACUCAACUUCCCUUGGCCCCAGACUGUGGCCUCGGGGUGUUGACGGGGGUUGCCAAGCGCGCGGCACCGCGUCUCUGGCACAUAGGUACAGAAAGCGCAUGCGCAGGGCUUGCAUCCAGACGGUGUGAUACGGGCCUACCGCGCAAUACGCAUGCGCACAGCGCCUCUUCCAGAGACCAAUGAAGCCUCGAGAUUCGCUCGAAGCGCACGCGCCGCGACUCGCGCCAAGACACAAGCGCAGGGACCGCAGGGCGUCAAAACUCAAAUCUGUUGAUUGAGCCGUCCCCGGCUAGGAGGUUAGCUCGAGGCCGCAGCCACCAACCCUUCGAAGCCGUUUACCUCACCGCGGCGAGUGCUCGCGGCAGUCCUCACCCCCCCACACACACCCUCGAGCAAUAACCGCUGCCGCCGCCCCCAGCCCUGCACACGCCUCCCACCUCGUUCCUUCCCGGUGUCUGCACCCCACACCCGCUCUCCGCAUGUUGAGCGGGCCGGGCGCCCCGUAACCGCUCCGUCCAAAGAGCCGCCAGGACUCACCGGUGUUUGAGACAUAAAACCCAAAUGGUCAAGGUUUCAAGUUUCCCAAGCUUUAUUUAUUGCCAAAAGAUGGGGCAGUCCUCGCCAGCGGCCGAGUCGCCCUGCCCCGCCCCUCCUUUCGAAGCUUCCUGCAGUCUGUGUACCAUCCAGUGAUGGAAUUUGUGUUUUGUUUUCUGGUUGAUUAUAAAUAUUUACUGCAUA